GUGGGAUUUUUCUCUUCAGAAGUUCUUGCGGGUUUUUGUCGAUAUAUUGUACAGGGAGCUUCUCAAAUUGUACACUAAGUUCGGCCAUGAAUUCCUUGAAUUCGAGCUCGAUGAUGGCGAAGAAGUGUGCGGAUGGGAAGGUCGAGGGGAGGGUCUCGGCUUCUCGAUCUUCAUCGGCAUUGUCUUGUGAGCUGCUGAUCCAGAAUUAUUCCAACUUCAAGCGGAGCUCCGUCCCGGAACAGUUUAUGUUCUAUGAGGAUGGAUCGUGGGUUGAUUACCCGAAGGAAGUGAUGGAGGUGAUGAGAUUAGGGUUUGCUGAGGGGAAGCCCGUGGUUGAGGCUCAAGUUCGGGGGUUCAACUGCUUUUUUGACUUUUACAGGAUGCUCGAGAUUGAAUUGGAUACUGGCAAUCAGCGGUCUAUUUCUUGGAUUGAUGUUGAGGGUAAGUGUUUUUUCCCCAAAAUUUUUGUUAACAGCUGUGAAAUUGAUAGUGAGGAUGAUUCGGUGAGUGGCGAUGAGGAUUGCCGGAAAAUUCAGAUUGAUAUCAAAAUUAUGCAGAAUUCAGGAAGUUCUGAGUGUUUGGUAUCGAAUAAGACUGUGAAAUUGAGUAAGAGAAAGAGAGAGGAGAAUGGCGAAAAGGAAAAAAUGGAUGAUAAUUUGUCCAGCAUUAACGUGAAAAGGCGGCAGAUGGUGGGGAGUGAAUUGCAGUCAGCAAGGUGGCCAAAGGCGAGAACUUUGGCGACUGAGGAGAAAGGGUAUGCAAUAGUUAAGAAUUUGUUCUUGUCAGGAUUGGAGAUUGUGGAGCCAGGUUCUAAAGUUACGGCCAUUCAUCAAUGUGUACGGACUGAACCCUUGGAUAAGGCGCGUUGUGAGGUCUUCUCUAAGCAGAUGGAUAUCACGAAACAAGCUAGAGGAGAGAGUAACAUGGUUUUUGCGUGGUAUGGGACGUCAGCCAAGGAUGUGGAGAGCAUUUUGAAGCAUGGAUUUCGGGUGCCUAGCAAGGUUCCACAUCCUGGAGGCCCAGGCAUUGGAAUUCAUUUGUCUCCUAUACGAUUGCCCCAGCAUAGUGCAUUGUUGUCUGAGAUAGAUGAGAAUGGCGAGAAGCAUGUGAUACUGUGUAGAGUGAUAUUAGGAAAAUGUGAAAAGGUUGAAGCAGGGUCUCAACAGAUGUAUCCUUCAAGUGUAGAGUAUGAUACCGGUGUUGAUGACCUGAAGAAUCCCAAGUGGUAUAUAGUUUGGCAUGCCAAUAUGAACACUCAUAUUUUGCCAGAGUGUGUAGUCAGCUACAAACCUGUAAAUAUAUCUGGUUCCGUAAAUAGAUUUUCAUGUAUGAAUUGGGUUCUCCAUCCAUUUAUUGCAAAGUUAUUCUCUAAGCUGAGAAGUUCGCUUCCUAUGUCAAGAUUACAAGAAUUGCAAACUUUAUGGAGAUCAUAUAAGGAAGGGAAGCUGGGAAAAGAAAAUUUCAUGAAACAAUUACGAUCAAUUGUUGGGGAUGAUGUACUGCGCUCAACCAUUCAAGAAAUUCGUGGCUGAGAAUAAGUUCUCGCUUAUUGUAUGUUUCUAGUUGAGCCACUUGAGAACUUUUCAUAUCAUAGAUCUUUUUAUCACAUUUGACUUCAAUAAUUUCAUAAAAUACCAACUAACGGGACUCAUUCAAGAAAGCUUCUCAAACUGAAAGCAAGGUUGGUAUAUGCCAUACACAUAGGUCUUAUGAUUCUGCAGUCUUUUUUACGUAGGAUGCUUGUUAGUUUGGUGUUUUUCUGUCUUUUUUGUUCGUUUCACCCUUCCUUUAGUUGGUAGAGGUGCGGGAGGAGUUUAACUGAUUGGCUGACAAAUGUAAUGUCCUUGGUGCUGUGAGAACUUUGUUAUUGAUUAGUAUAGGACACAGAUCUCUGAAAAUUGUAAGUGUUUAAUGUGCAUGUCUCUGUGUGCGUGCGUGAGCUUUUCUUUUGCAUAUUGGCCUGUCUUUUCAUGUUUCUCCGACGAAUGGUCUCUGUAUGAGUGGUUCUCAUAAUUCGCUUUAGAUGCGCUAUACUUCUA